UUGAGGAUCAGAAGAUUAGUCGAGCACUAUAAAGCGGCCGGCAGAGACACUGGACAUGAGCUGAAGUGACACAUUGCAGAAGAGAAGUGAAGAACAACCACCAGAAGAACCAGAAACUCCAGCACACGCAAGUGAGAGAAAUGGAUGCCCCAGCACCUGUUGAGAAGAGAGGACCACCAAAAUUCAAACAGAGGACCACUCGCACCUUCAAGAGCAAGGCUCCUAAACCUGGCCAGAAAGGCUUCGGAGAUGACAUCCCUGGGAUGGAGGGUCUCGGCACAGACAUCACUGUGGUUUGCCCAUGGGAAGCUUUUGGCGACAUGGAGCUCAGUGAUCUGGCAAAAUAUGGAAUUUUGUAGUGCAUCCACCAAACCUUUUCCCUGCUCUCUUCUGGGGACCUUUGAUCAGAUGAUCACGUAAUGUUACUCACAUGAGACUGAACCAGCAGCAGAAGCUUUCAGCCCAGCACACAAAGAGGAUCCAACGAGAUUAAUACUUCUUUUUUUUUUGGUAAAAAAGGACAAAUGGAACAGUAACUCUCUGCUGCUCUUCUUCACUGCAUCACUGGAGCUCUUAGCAGGAGGAAUUGAUCUCAGAGCCACAAUAUCAUGCAGGCCCUCUCUCUUUUAAUUGUUAUGGAAAAACAAAACUAUGCUCAAAUUAACUUUAUUUUUUUGAACUGUGAAUGUGAUUGUGUCUGUGUCAGAAUCAACUCAUCAUAGUUAAUUAAAACCAUUGAUUGGCAGUAGAACACAAUAAAAAAAAAAAAAAAGUAUUUUCCCAAA